AUGUAUGCGCACGUGUGUGAUUCUUUCUGUAUGCGCCUAUGGUUGCUUAAACCACCUGAUGCCUCGGGGCGAAACGGGAAAUCGAGCUGGGGCUUCUUCAAAGCGACACCACUACCACGCGCAUGCGCAACUCAGCCGACGUCGGAAAGCGCGGUCAAAAUUCGAUCUUUCGCUUCGUACCCCGAACGAUUCCCCUCUCUUGGUAUUCGUACUCGCUUCGCUCGAAUCUUCAAAUGCACUUUCUGGAAACCGUGGGUGGAAACAAAGUGUUUGGUUCACACUCAACGCAUACCUCAGUAA